GAUUCUUGAUAUUACUCCUUUUUUUUCGUACGAAAGUAAUUCAUUGUUCUUGUUUCAGUUUUUUUGCCUUCAAUUCAUUUAAUCGAUAUUAACAAAACAUAUUGAAUAAUAAUCGAUAAAAUGAUGCUGUUAUCGUGUAGGCAUCAUUUUCAAUUGUGGACAUUUUUUAUCACCAUUAUUAUAAUCAUUUUGGUACAACUAGUCGAUUAUGGUGAAUGUCAAUUACGGCCAAUAUCAUUACCGGGAAUAUUUUCAGCCAUCCGAUAUCAGAAUACUGCUUGUGAUGGUGAAAAUGAAGAGACUGGUCUCUGUCUUUACGAGAGUGAAUGUUUAAAUCGUAAAGGUGCCGUUAUUGGUCGAUGUGCAAACGGUUUUGCGGCUUGUUGUUCAUUCAAAUUUACUUGCGGUGGUGAAACUAAUCAGAAUGAAACAUUUUUUGUUAAUAAACAAUAUCCAAGCUUUGAAAAUGAAACUAAUACUUGUCAGGUGACCAUUAAAAAAUUGGACAAUAUCUGCCAAUUACGAUUGGAUUUUGAAGAAUUUUCCUUAUCUCAACCGGAUGAGAAUGGAUUUUGUACGACCGAUUCGUUUAUGGUUCGUACAACAGUCGGUGAACGCUUACCAAUUAUUUGUGGUGAAAAUGCUGGCCAACAUAUUUAUAUUGAUAUGGGACAAGGUAGUAAAAAUCCGGUAGUAUUAUCAAUUGUAACAAAUGGUAUUCAUGCAUUACGUAAAUGGAAAAUCAAAAUCAACAUGAUCACUUGUAAUAGUUUGGAUAUGGCUCCUUCCGGUUGUUUACAAUAUUAUCGAUCGGCUACUGAUGUUAUACGUAGUUUUAAUUUUGGACCUAAAAUUGAAUAUCGUGCACGAUAUUUAGCCAAUCUACGUUAUACAACUUGUAUUCGUAAUGAAGAGAAUUUCUGUGCAAUCAAAUGGGAAACGGAAAAUCCGGGAAUGUUUAUGUUUGGUGCACCAUAUGAAGGCAAAGAUAAUGAAUAUACUGAUUGUGCUCAACCAUUUCCAUUCUUUGGAAUGCAAGGAAAAACCGAAGAUGGCGAACCGAAUAUAAAUUUGACAUCCACACAAAUUAUAUACGAAUCAAAUGAAAAUUUGGAAACUACUUCGCCAUCUGUCAUGAUGGCUACAAUAUUACCAUCAACAAAAACAGAAAAUUCAUUGAAAAUAGCCGAAAAUCGUGAAGAUGCUGUAUUGGAUAAGAAUCCAACAAUCGAUAAGGAUUCUUUAUACAUUCAUAGAUGUCAAAAUGGUGCCAGUGGUGUUCAAUGUAAUUUUGAUGAUUUUAUUGGUAUCGAUCAAGGUUCUUUGGAAGGUACCGGACAAGGUGAAGAUCGUUUUUGUGGUUCUCGAUUACUCGAACAUGAUUUCAUCAUCUCUCGUUCAAAACCAUUUCAAUUACGAGUAAGAUCAAAUGGAGAUCAUUUUAGUAAUGCAAUCAAUUCACAAUCAGGUUUUUCAUUGAAAUACACCCAGCUACCAUGCGUCAUUUAAUUAAUGGGAUAUUUUUUUAAAAUUCAACUUUUUUAUCGUUCUUGGUACCUAUUCAUUAGUAAAAAAAAAGUUAUUUUGGAUUUGGUUGAACAGA